AGUUGAGCAAAGCCCAGUCUAAACCUUUGUCAUCCAAAACUAUGCUAAGGUGUAGGCCACCUCCAUUGCUCUCCCUAAUGAUAAUAUCAUCUCCUUCUCAUCCCUUAAACCCUGCUGCUCGCCUCAGAUUUGUCUUUGUUUCCAAAUCACCCUCUCAAAUCCCUAAUUCCUCUUACCAUCGCCCUCCUCUUUUUUCUAAGAUUUAUCUUUUUAAUUUCCCUCAAAACAUGACAUUCCCCAAGUGCUUCUUUGCUUCUGGGUAUGCUCCUGCUGAUCCCGUUCCCAUUUCCGGAACUACUGAAUUCAAUGACCCAAACCCUCAAUCAACUCUGGUGGUGGUAUCAUUCUAUAAAUUCGCUGAUUUUCCUGACUAUGCGAAUCUGCGAAAGCCAUUGAAAGAGCUCUGCGAGGAACUGCGUGUUUCAGGCGGUAUCAUUCUUGCACCUGAGGGAAUCAAUGGAAGUAUAUGUGGGACCAGGGAGUCAGUGGAAAGAGUUCUUGAAUUCAUCGAGAGUGAUGAUCGACUAAAGGGGCUAAGACAGGUGGAGUCACCUGUAAGUCCUGAGGAGAAAGCUAUCCAUCAUGGACACAGUAGUAGUUCUCCUCUGGCAGCAGGGGAGGAUGCACCGUUUCGAUGGGAUCAUGUUAGGGUUAAGUUGAAAAAAGAGAUUGUUACUCUUGGAAUGCCUUCCGUGUCCCCUAUUGAAAGAGUUGGGAAAUAUGUGAAUCCAAAGGAGUGGAAUGCAUUGAUUGAUGAUCCAGAUACUGUGGUGAUUGAUGUGCGAAAUAAUUAUGAAACUAGAAUUGGGAAGUUCAAAGCAGCAGUUGAUCCUUGUACCACAUCAUUUCGGGAAUUCCCUUCUUGGGUGGAAAAUAAGUUGCAAGUUGCAGACACAAAUGAGGUGAACGUAAAUCUUAUGGACGGAAACAAUGAUAGUGAAACAGAGAGCUCAACACCAAAAAUGCCGCAACGUGUUGCUAUGUACUGUACUGGAGGAAUUCGAUGUGAGAAAGCUUCAAGUUUUCUCCUCAGUAAAGGUUUCAAAGAGGUUUAUCACUUGGAAGGUGGAAUUCUAAGGUACCUCGAGGAAGUUCCAAAGUCAGAGAGCCGGUGGGUUGGUGAGUGUUUUGUUUUUGACAAGCGAGUCUCAGUCGAGCAUGGUUUGGCACAGGGAACUUUUAAGCUGUGCUAUGGAUGUAAGCAACCAGUGAGCGAUGCUGACAUGGAAGCCCCAGAAUGGGAGUAUGGAGUUUCUUGUCCAUACUGUUAUUCAUUAAAAUCUGAUGAAGAAAAAGAAAGGGCAAGAGCUCGACAGAGGCAGUUUGAGACUUGGGGAAUUAUUGGCGGUCCUGACAAGGGUCGCCGACCAACAUCUAAAUUAGAUAGUAGUACAAGGUACUCUAGCCAGCUUUCAAGCUCAAUUUAACCAGUUUUCUAGAUGAUGUACACAGGAUAAAUUAUUUUGUGGGAAUAUGCGCUCAAAGAACUCGACCUUGUUUUUUUACCUUUCGCCUUUUCUUCAAGCUGACCCUUCCCUUUUGCUACUAGUUGAUAUUGUCAAUGUCACGUUUCUGGGUAGAGAAUUUCAGAAUGACUAUUUGUGCGGCUUAAGGCCAGUAGUGAUUCAGUUUUCAGUGAUUUGGAGUUCUUAACUUUUUCUCUAAA